AUGGAACUGUGGAAAAAAGUGUGCAUAUAUGUAUCAGUGUAUGUCAUACUUCGAGAAUUUCGUCCAAUAGAUCCUUUUAUUAUUAAGUAUCUGACGCUUCUUCCAGAAAAAUACACUGUUAAAAUAAUUAAAGAAGAAGUUUAUCCAGCGGGUAGUUAUGUUAGCGUGUUAUUUGUAGUAAUCGUAUUCCUCGUUACCGAUUAUCUACAAUAUAAGCCAAUCAUAAUUUUAAAUGGAUUAUCUGGUAUAAUGUCUUACAGUUUACUAUUAGGAUCUCCAACAAUAAGUUUUUUGAAAUCAGGUCAAAUAUUUUUAAUGCUUUUUAGAGCAGCUGAAGUUGCGUAUUAUACAUAUAUGUUUGCAAAUAUCAGGAAUAAGGAUCAAUAUCAGAUCGCUUCUAGUAUAGUAAGAACUUCAGUUUUGGUUGGAAAAUGUAGUUGUGGUAUAAUAGCACAAGUUCUUAUAUCAUAUAAUAUUGUAAGUUAUUUGUAUUUACUCUACUUAACUAUACUUGGUAUGAUUUUAACUACAAUUUGGUCAUUAAUUAUGCCACCAGUUAAGUUAAGUUUAUAUUUUUAUAAAGUAAAAGAACCAGUUUUAGACGUGUUUGUAGAUGAUAAUGAAAAAAUUAUUCGAACAAAAAUCAAUGAAUCUUCUAAUAUGAAUCUAGAUAAAAAUAAUAUAAAUGUAUGUAAAAUAAAAUAUUCAUUGUAA